AUGACUGCGGAAACUUCCUGUGAUUCUUUGCGCCCCUCGUCAUCCGAAACCCCUUCAGAGGUCCCCACCGCAAAACCACAGUCUCCGAGAGAUUGGGUGCUGGUGGUCGUUGCGCUGCUCUUGUUCCUUUUCCCUGAUAUUGGAACCGUGUUGGGCUCCAUGAUCGGCGGUGCUUUCAGUGACAGCGACGCAACGUGGCAGUGGGCAUUCCACCGGAAGCUGCUCGUGAGAGCUGUCAUGGACCCCAUCUACUUUCUCCUCUUGCCCGAUUUCCAGCCGCAGAAGGAUAUCCCUCUGCUGAAGCGAUUAGGCCAGAUCGAAUAUAUCGGAGCCUUGCUGUCUAUUGGCACCCUUCUGAGCACGAUCAUGGCCACGAACUUCGGUGGUGUCCUGUAG